AUACGAUCAUUGGGAACCUCAGGUGCGACACUUCCGCAUUUCCCAGGUGGGCGACUCGUGCUCUGCUUAGACCUCAUGCGCAUGCGCGUAGGUCAUGUUACCUGGAGAGAAGUGAACUCUUCGUUCGGUAAAAGAGUAAAACUAUUCUUGUUUGAACUGUGCGUCGGUGGCAACCUCUUCAGCAAACUCGUCUCCUCAACAUCACAUGACAUGACAAUAAUAAAUGAUUAACCACAGCUAGGCGUGAGGGGCCUUGUUCUGUGUCCACCAGUGCAUUGACCUCGGUGGAGUUCAGAGACUGUCCGUGCAACCGGUGAGGAACCACACACCCACGUGGACAUGGACAUCAGCAAGGUGAACGCGCUGUCUUAUGAGGAUUUUGUGGAUAUUUUUGGUAACGUGGUGGAGAAAUGUCCCAUCAUAGCCGCUGCAGUGUGGUCCAGGCGUCCCUUUGUGAGCUUGUCUGCUUUGGAGACUGCGUUCAGUGAAUUCGUCGAUGCUCUGCCAGAGUCAGGUAAAGAGGGCAUCCUCAGGUGUCACCCUGACCUCGCGGGCAGGGACCUCCAGAGGGGCACCCUGACCAGAGAGUCGCUUGAGGAGCAGGCAGGAGCCGGACUGGACGCACUGGAGUCUGCUGAAGCCUCGCGCAUGGCCCAGCUCAACGAGGAGUACAAAGAACGGUACAGGUUCCCGUUCGUCAUCUGCGCCCGCAUGAACGACAAGACAAACAUUUUACGUCAGCUGUCUGAGCGCUGUCAGAACGAGUGCACGGUGGAGAGGGCACACAGCAUCGAGGAAGUGAAGAAGAUCUGCCACCUGCGUCUCCAAGACCUUGUGUGCCAUGACGCACCAAACAAGUUGUGACUUUGAUUCACUGCGGAAUCUUUCCUGCUCCGGUCUAAAUGUUGUCAUUACUAUCAAACAUUUACAUGGUGGUGAUACUUGUUGUAUUCCAAAUGUAAGUGUGCUUCUCAUUCAUCACACUGUGAGCUUUUUGGAGAAUAAAACAUGUUGAUCAUUGAUUUACA